UGGUCUUUUCCACACCCCAGGCUAUUGUUCAGCUCAACUGCACUGGAAGCUAGCUCAGAUAUGAGUAAGAAAGAGAAGGGAAAGAAAGGAGAGGCCAAAUGGAACGCUGAGGAUGUUGUACAAGCCGUGGUGAUUGCUGACAGCUUCAAUUUUCGCUUUCUCCCCAUCACCAUGGAAAAACCUCGCGCUCUGUUGCCACUGGUUAAUCGACCACUUAUUGACUACACAGUGGAGUUUCUAGCCGUGUCUGGAGUUGACGAAAUAUUCGUAUUCUGUUGUUCGCAUGCCGAGAUGAUCAAGAACCAUCUGGAGAAAUCUCGUUGGAUGAGCACAACGUCACCUGUCAAACUACGCAUUAUUAUUUCCGAGGAUUGUCCAUCUGUUGGUGAUGCCCUCAGGAACAUUGAUUCGCAGUCGUUGAUCCAUUCGGAUUUCGUUCUCGUAUCAGGUGAUCUUGUCGCAAACAUGGAGCUGAAAGAAAUGAUUGAACGCCACAAGGAGGUCAGAAAGAAGGACAAAAUGUCGGUAAUGACGUGCAUAUACAAGCGAGCACGACCUGGCCAUCCCACCCGUAGCAACGAAGAUGAUAUUUUGAUCGCUAGAAACGCUAAAGAUGGGCGCCUCCUGUUUUGUAGCAAACCUUGUGGCAAGAAAAUGGUUGAUAUUCCAGUUUCUGUAAUUGAAGAAAAUCCCGAACUUGAACUGCACUAUGAUGUCCUGGAUUGCCAUGUCAGCAUUUGCUCUCCAUCUGUUCCUCCGCUGUUCUCGGACAACUUUGACUACCAAACAAGACACCAUUUCAUUCGAGGCAUUCUCAGUAACGAAGAAAUCACUGGCAAUCGAAUCUACGCUGAUUUGAUUUCCGAUCAGUAUGCUGCACGUGUGUCUAACCUCUGCACGUACGAUGCUAUCAGUAAGGACGUGAUUCAUCGCUGGGUAUACCCUCUCGUGCCCGACAAUGCCUCAGGGGACAGCUACUCUUAUGGUCGGCAUAAUCUCUAUCUUCACUCCAACGUGGCUCUAGCAAUGGGCUCAGUUCUGAAGGAAGACGUCGUGAUUGGAAGAGACACGAAAAUCGGAAAAAAUACUCAAAUUUCGAAUUCCUCUAUUGGCCAUUAUUGUGAAAUUGGAGAAAAUGUUUCUAUUACUGGAGCGUAUGUUUGGGAUGGAGUUAAAAUUGAGAGUAAUUGUGUUGUGGAUUGUUCAAUUGUCUGCGAUGGUUGUGUUUUGAAGGAGAACGUGACGUUGGAGCCGGGCUGUGUUCUCUCCUUUGGUGUUGCGAUUGGCCCUGAUGUCACUGUUAAAUCUGGUUCCAGAAUAACGACAAAGCGGCAAUCUGAUUCCGAUGCAUUUUUGAAUCGGAACUGGGAUGAUGACCAAUCAGAAGACGUGGCCUCCUCCCCCACGCUUCUGGAACCGGACCCUGCACUUGUCGGAAAGGAGGGGAAUGGAUUUCUGUGGGUGCCUCCUGAAACCGAUGACGACGACACGGGUGUGGAUCAUGUUGUGGUUGAGAAAUGGCCUGCGGAGAUUGGUGAUCCCUCGGGCGACGAAAGUAGUCCGUCCUCAUCGCGUUCCAGUAGUCCGGAGAUCGAGGUCGAUACCGAAGUAGUCAUGUUUUACAACGAAAUUCUGGACAGUGUUCGCUCAGGCGUGUCCGAGCUUGUGCCCAUCGAGAACACUAUUCUCAUGAUCAACGCCUCAAAACAUGCUUACAAUAUUCCGAUACAGGAUGUUCCCACUUCAGUUGUCAAGGCGAUAAUGGAAGGACCACUAAAUAGUACUACCGGAACGCCAGCUGAACUUUUGGCCUACGUGAAGACUGCCAUUGCUCAUUUUGAAAGUCUUCUUCAACACUACAUUAAAGAUUUUGCUCUGCAAGUCAGUGUGCUGAAUACGCUGAUGGAUACGGCGUCUCAUCACUCAAACCUACUGGCUAUAUUCGGCAAUGUUGUACACUGCUUGUACAAUGCUGAUGUCCUUGAAGAAACGGCUAUUUUAGGAGCGAAUGAAAACCUGAAGAAUGAUAACUAUUUGCUGAUCGGUGGAGCCAAAAGGACGGAUAUGGUGGAGUCCCUGAAGCCGUUGGUGGAGUGGCUGGAGAAUGCCGAGGAAGAGAGUAGCGAGGACUAACACUGUGGGGGGUAUUGAACACUGUGGGGGAUAUUUGUGUUUUGUGUUCUUAUGUUAAUCACAUGACUGUACUCUUUUAUGAUAAUUAUUAUAAUCAUUAAUUUUGUCCCUUUUAUUGAUUCUUUAUCGUUUUUGUGCACCUGAUAUUCGUAGCUUGGUGUUAAUGUUAUGUUAUAGGUAAUGGCAUUCCAUUAAAACCCAUAAUUCAAUGAAGUUUGGAAUGAA